AUGAGUCUACCAACUAUCAGGCCAUCGAGGUCUCUCACGAUACAUCCGGAACCACUGACACCAUCUGCCUUCUCUGCCUUUGGAACAGUGAUUACGGCUCCAUUGAAAAGCGAUCUGACGAGCUAUCCUCAGACAGUACCAGAUCCAGCAUAUCCUAACCACCAGCCGAAGCCUGUCAUGGCUAACCAGUCAACAGCAUUAAAGACAUCUCCUAUCUCGCCUUUGACCAACAAUUACCCUACCAGGACCACAUCCACUACAACUCAAGCACAACCUGGGGCAGGGUUGAUGAGCAUCUUCUCCUCUUUUCCACGGCAGAACGUAUAUUUCAGCAGGGACCUGUCCCCAGGAAAGAACUCUCAAUCCCCAAAGGCCACAACAAGCCUCAGAUUGAAACUCGGCAUUCUCGAGCGUCAUCCCUACACGACUCAAACAUUCUGUCCAUUCAAUUACUCUACUACCGCUCCUCCACCGUCCUCAUCCUCAUAUACCAAUACCCAACAUCCCAACCCCGACCACACAUACAUCCUCGUCAUCGUCGCACCAACCCUCAUCCUCCCCUCCCACAACCCACCUAACCCUCCCGACCUGGCCAAGCUCCGCGCCUUCCUCGCACCACUCAACGACUCAACAGGCACAACAUCCAACAUCGCAGUAACCUACGCGCCAGGAACAUGGCACGCGCCCAUGAUCGUCUUGGGAAGUCGCAGGGUGGAUUUCCUGGUCACGCAAUUUGCGAACGGGGUGGCUGGGGACGAUUGUCAGGAGGUGUUGGUUGGGAGUGGGCCGGAUGAGAACGUGCUUAGGGAGGAAGAGAGGAUGAAGCGAGGGAGCGAGGGGUUGGGGUUGGGAGAGGUGGAGGUUGAUUUGGGGGGUUUAAUGGGAGAGAAGGAGGAUGGGUGGUGGGGCGGGAGAGCGAAGUUGUGA